CUCUGGCUGUCCUUCAGCGAGUGAAAGGGAGUACAGUACAAUAGGUGUGAGGCUGAGAUGGUUGACGUCACAGGAACCACCCAGCCGCCAGGGGCUUGAUCUCCAGUAUCCCUUGAGCGUGAAGUCCCCCUAAACAACUUCGCCCAGACAAAUCCAACCCAACUUGAGCAUGCCCAUAUCACGUCUCAUCCUGCGAAGCGCGAGCCUCCUCUCAACGACGAAACAGACACGAUUCCCAACACCCAGCCUCCAACUCUCACACAAGGUCUCACACCAACAGCCAGCACCACCAUCACUAUUCCUCCUAGCACAGCGCGCCAUGACCCUCCACAUGCAGGGACGCUGCGUUUGCCAGCGGCUGCAGUACUCGCUGGACCUCGGCUCGCCCGACGAGGCGCGCACGACGCUCUGCCACUGCCGCAGCUGCCGACGCGCCUUCGGCACCAACUACGGCCUGACGGCCAAGGUGCCCGUGCAGGCGUUCCGGUACGACCGCGGCAGCCCGCGGAAGCACAAGCAGGAUAACGGGGUGACGCGCGAGUUCUGCGAGAACUGCGGCGCCUACAUCUGCGAAUAUGGCGAGGAGGCGGCCGACAAGUUCCGCUACGUCAUGUGGGGGUCGCUGGACGAGCCCGACAGGAUCCCGCCCAAGGGCGAGUUCUUCUGCAAGAGCCGGGCCGACUGGAUGCCCGAGAUCCCAGGUGUGUUUCACAAAAGGGAGAUAAAGGAGUGAGUGAACAACACGCAACUCGCCACGGAGUGACGGCGUUUGGGGUGGAAGGGAUGGAGGGGCUGAGGCUUAUUGAGUUGUGAGUUCCGCGCAUUCUAGGUUUCAAGCACCGUCUGGUGGUCUGCCUGUCUGUCUGUCUCUAGCUGCGAGGAGAAACCCAGUUGAAACGCGGGUGUUGCCCCAAGGCGGGCAAACCUGGA